CACGGCACUAGGGGGAACCAGGGGUUCGUCCAUCGUUUCAUCGCGUUUUGUUCUCAGACCAUCCAAGGGGUUCUUCAUGCAGGGAACCCCGGAGGGAAGCUAGGCGACCUCAGCGAAGCUGAAGGGGAAAGCUGCUGUGCUCAGGCGACGGCCAAAGAUGUUGUUCUCAAAUCCGAAGAACCUUUUCCUUCGGUUAAGAGAGCUACGCGUGGGAAUUAGAGGGGGUUUCUCGUGCGAAUUUACGUUUGCCGAGAAGAAGGAAAGCGAAACGUGGUUACUGCAUGGAUAGUCAGUGACGAGGGCACUGACUCUGUUGUUUGACAAACUAUUGUUCUCGGGGAUCUCUCGGGGGGGACGCUGGGAACCGAGCGGUUAGUUGAAGGUGGAUUGACCGCCUCCUAACGCAAAGGGGACACUAGCCCCAUUUUAUAGGCACUGACUUAAGGGCUUAGGUAAACUUACAGAACAGUGGCAUAAAACGAACCGUUUUCAAUGAUCUCGACUCAAAAAAGGUUAUCAAUUUUCGAGGACAAGAAGCAAAUGAGAGUUGGACUUCAGGGGCCAGCUGUACCUGGAUCUCAUUAGCUUGAAGCGACGUAAAGUUCAAGUUUUCCUGGUCCCAACAAGGAGACAGGCCAACAAGGCAAAAAGACGGAAUUCGAUUCUUAUGGCGAGACUGCUUAAUCGUGUCGAUCGUUCAACGAAACUCACUGACCCUCGAUGGAAAAUGGGGCAUGUUAAGUGGCUAUAACAUGCGCUUUCGGAAAACCUGUGGCGUGGAAAUGGGCCUAGCUUCUGUCCGCGAUAAGUCGCGAUUGGCAUUGACCGGCGGUUGAUGAAAAUGUCUGAAAAACUGUUCAGGUCUCUUUGGCUGGCCGAGGAAAAGCGAGAAUCCGGCGCCGGUUUCCGUUAAAACCGUUAAAACCGUUAAAAAUUCAAACGCGCAAGUGUGCGUGCGGCGGCCUGUCGCGACGCGGGGCCGGACGAAGAAGAAGAGGGAAAACAAAUCGCGCGUUGGGAAGAAGAAGCAGUUUUCCGCCCGCUCGAGCCCCCGACUCGGGUCGCUAAACGCGCGCUACGCAGUGCUGGCGGAGCGAAGCGGCAACAAGGCCUCGGUGCAGUUCGAUAAUCAACCGUUUUCUCGAAACUCGCGAAUUAAGAGCUUGGGGACUUCGUGGAGGUCAGGGCCGUGAUUGCGUCGUCGCAGAUAUCGCCUUGAGGACAGUUUUUAAUUGGUGAUUGAGCCGCAGGAAGCUGCUCCGCAUCCCCGGAAAGAUGUUCCAACGCCCGAUUGAUCGCGUCCUUUCUGGUUUACCUAAAAAAACGUAAACAACUGCGAGCUGGAGGAACAUCUGCGUCCGUGAAACUCCCGGCAGUUAAAGUGUGAAUGGCAAUCGUGCAGAAAUAUCGCAGAAAACAUCGAAGUUGAUCAAAGUGUGCCUCAAUCAAAAGCUGAAUAUCGAGUGACGAUCGCCCGCGAUCCUGGCGGAAGGAACCGCCUGCACGGAGCGUUUCUAUUUGAACUAGAACCCAUUCUAUCUUGCUUUACUAUCCACUAGUUGGGUUACAUGGUUUGCCUAGUAGCAUGUGGAAAAUUGCCAAGUCUGUGCCAUAAAACCAUUGCAAGUGCGUAAUUGGUUGAUACGGCAAGACGAUCUUGCCGAUUGCCCAGGACUGUAUAACUGUAACGCGCUUACUGGUUUCGUCUUGCUACUUCUACGAACGAUAUUAUCAACAUUGUCACGAUUCAAUUGAAUCGUUGCUCUGAGCUGUUUCCGGAACCAUAUUAUCAUAUUUCGAGUUGAUUAGAAUCUCGUCAUGGGGAAUUCAAACUCAUCCCACGAACCUCUCGAAAGGGGAUUCACUCGUGGCACAUAUGGAGAUACAAAAAAUACGAAAUCAGCCUCAUUUCGACAGAGCAAACGAUCUCCCAAAAAAAUGGAUCGAUUGCGUAAGUCAUUCCGCGACUCCUUCCGACGGCGCAAGGAUCGUGUCCCGGAAGCUGCCAAACCGCACCAAUGGCAAUCGGACGAGCAAGCGGUCCGAUCGGCAACCUGUACAUUCUCGGUGAAAUAUCUUGGCUGCGUCGAGGUGUUUGAAUCUCGCGGGAUGCAGGUGUGCGAAGAAGCGCUGAAAGUGUUGCGGAAUUCCCGGCGACGUGCAAUAAGGGCGCAGCUUCACGUAAGCGGUGAUGGAUUGCGAGUGGUCGAAGAUGACACGAAAGGCUUGAUCGUGGACCAGACGAUCGAGAAGGUGUCUUUCUGUGCCCCGGAUCGCAAUCAUGAGCGUGGCUUCAGCUAUAUCUGCCGGGAUGGUACAACGCGUCGUUGGAUGUGCCACGGAUUUUUGGCGAGUAAGGACUCGGGCGAACGGCUUUCGCAUGCGGUUGGCUGUGCUUUCGCCGUAUGUCUGGAGCGAAAGCAGCGGCGAGAUAAAGAAUGUGGCGUAACGAUGACGUUCGACAUGAAAAAUUCCACCUUCACGAGAACGGGCUCGUUCCGGCAGCAGACGAUGACGGAACGGCUGGCAGAUACGGCGGUAGUAGCGCCGCAACCCAACAACAAUGCCUCGAAACCGUACAAUCCGUUCGCGAUCGAGCGACCGCACGCUACUCCCUCGAUGCUGGAACGUCAAGGUAGCUUCCGUGGGUUCACGCAGAUCGGUUCGGCGUCACCAUUCAAGCGGCAGAUGUCACUGCGAAUAAACGAUCUUCCGUCCAAUGCCGAACGACAGCGCGCCUUCCUUGAACCGGGCACACCACAGCGAACCACCGUGUCUCCCAUCCCCGAGGUAGCGCUCCAGCCAGCUACCGACACCGUUGCCCAGCUGUGCCAGGAGUUGAGCCAAGGCCUUACGCUGCUAACCAAAAACGAUGCCGACGAUUUCUAUCUCAACAAGGAGCUGCAAAGCAAAUCGACGGCUGUAGCAUCGGUUACCAAUACUGCAAGCAUCACUUCCAGCACUAAGAUGGUAGGGAGCGCAAUGUCCUCCUCGAACGGAGUCGGAUACGUGCCGGUACUGGCUGGCAACGAUAGAGUCGCUCUUCCCUCCGCCACUGUACCGGCCGUACUUUCCGUUCUGCCGAACAUUCCUCCACGGUCGAUCUCGCCACUGAACAAACAGCAAACCCUCGAUAUGUCUAGCCUCCGAAAUAAUAGUGGCAGCAACAAUACAACAGCCUCUGUUAGCUCCGGCAAUAGCUUGACCCUGGAAAGCAUGCCGAUCGGUGGAAUUGCCAGUACGGCCAUUUCCAACUCAACAGCAUCGGCCAGCAGUAGCAGUGGCAGUAGUGCGGUGGUACCGAUCGAGACGGCCUCUCCAUUGCCUAACCCGGAGCAAUGGCUUGGACAGAUCGUGAAAAACGUAUCACCUUCUCCCAGGCGUGCACCCUCGUUGCAUAACAGGGCAAAGUCACUGAAUGCUGGCGAUCCUUUCGAUGCGGAGUGGGCUGGUGAUGUGGCUAAGCCGGAAAUACACAGCACCAAUCCGUUCAUUUCGCCACCGAAACCACCGGCUCAAUCAUUCCAAGUGCAUCUGUAAAGAAUUCGAAUAAUCUGGGGGGGAACGAAACAUUCGCGCACUUCUUCCAUUUGCCACACCAUUUGGUGCUUCGACGAUGGGUUUCCGUUAUUUUCUGUUUUCCUGAGAGGAGGGGGGAGGAGGGCUAGUUGUAUUGGUAGCUAAUCGUAUCUAAAUGAAUUGAUUGUUGAGUUUACUUGGCCGCUGGUGGGCGAGAAAUGUCAGGAUAAGAUAGAACACGUCGCAAUAAGAAGGUGAUAAGAGACGUCUACUUACGUAAAGCUCGAAGCUCUGUACUUAACAAAUGAACGAAACAUUCUCAUGCAGCAACAGCAUUUUAUAUUUUUGAGACGUCGCGUCGGUGCUAGGGAAACAGUAUUUUAAUGACUGCCGAUAGUACGGUUCAAUAGAGGGCGCGCAAGAAAGAGAGAGGGAAGAAAACAUGUGCUUAAAACUGGAACCAAUGAUGUACGCAUUCCCCGUAACUAAACCAUCCAUUUAUUUGUACAAUUUUAGGGCCCUACUUCCUGCGUCUUGUCUGUUGUCGAUCCACUACACUAGCGAUCGUUAGCUGUCCUAGCGUCUUAUUUCACACCUAGCUGCAGUCUGCUAAGCCCUUUAGUUACUCCAUAGGUUGCAGUAACCGUUGAUAGCCCACGAUGUUUCUUUUUGGUGGCAAUUUUUUUGGUUUUUGGGCUGUCAGAAAAGGAUCUGGAUGGAGGGAUUAGGCUUUUACGUUUUACACGUAGGCGAUCUAACUUGUGGACAAACAGACAAAACUCUGGGAAUAGGGCACGUCGUUUCCUUUAUAAUCAAAUAGUUCGAUUCCAUUAUCCCCGUAACACUGGUGAUCCAAAAGCGUAAUGGGAGGGCGAUGGGUAUAGGACACUGAAACUGCUGCUAGUUAUUGAUCUUUAGGCAAACCUUAGAUAUCUACUCAACCCGGCCCUUUAGCUAAACGUUUAGCCCCCAAAUGCUCGUACUGGGCGUCUAGCGAGACGUCGAUCGCGCCUCUACUAUUGCAAACCCUAUCACUCACUAUGAACUAGCAGCUGUAUUACUACUACUACUAUUAACCACUGAAAAAGGGUGAAAUAAACUAGAACUGUGCGGCUUAUAAAGCUUUACCCAAACAGCAUAACCCCAUCCUGAUGGUUUUGUCUGCAGAAUUUGUUUCAGUGUGUAGAUGAUGAUCGAUAGUUGAAAUUGAUGGGUUCUCGUGGUGUUACCGCCGUUCAGAUGCAUGUUGCGCAGCACAUCUCUGCCCUUCUGGCUGGCAUCGUUGCAUAAGUGGAGUAGAAUGGAUGAAGAGUAAUUCAUAUUUUAGCAAAAACAAAAAACAACAUAGUGAAUAGAAGUACUGCACAAAAUCGCUAAAGGGACACACUUAGGGAAAGAAUGAAAUAACGAAAUGCGUUGCACUAGCAGCUCUUGUGUUCGAUUAACACUAGCCAAUAGAUGAUUUAUUGAUGUUCGAUACUCCUAUGGGCUUAUCGGACUCGAAGGAUUUGUCUAUUGAUGAGAGGAGUUGCAGGAAUUUGUUGAAGAAAAGUAAUGGGGAACCCCGUUUUGUGAUUACAACUAUAUGUAUAUGCAUAGAUAUAUAUAAAUAUAAUGCUCCGCAUAUGCAUCUACAGUCUACUGUUAAGAUAACAACGCAAAAGGAUAUAUUAUUAAACCAAAUUGGACAGCAGCACCAUCGUCAAAGCGAUACUCUUUCAAUUCGAAAGAAGCAUGGACACAUUUGAAACAUAAAUCAACAGAUGAAAAUGAAAAGAAUCGCUUCCUGGAUCUUUUCUCCCGAAAUGAUUCACCGUUAUCGUCUCGAGAUGAUGAUCAAAUUAAGUUAUGAUUGUAGCGUGUUUUGGAAAUUCGUUUGAUGCCUUUUCUCUACCGUCGGUCGACGACUCUGUUGUGGGCUUCUGAACUUAUUUGUACAUAAAAGAAACGUUGAUGUGGACUGCUGGGUGAUAUUUUGACUGUAGAUAAUUGUAAAUAUGUGUGUCUAAUACGUUCUGCUUGUUUUGCGUCCAUUUGAUAGGUCUUAUUUUGAAUUGUGGAAGAAUACUGUGCAACAAUCUACCAGAGUUUUGAUGUUGAUUGUCUUGUAUUCCAUCCCCCUGAUCGAAUACGUGUCCAUACGUCCAUACGUGAGUUAUUCGCAAGUCUAAAACAUACUAUUUUCUGGAACGCUCGUGCAGCAUAUAGUGGAGAUGGCAAGGCAGUAGCGAAUAAUGCUUACCUCAGCGGCACUUAAAAUUCAUAGAGCGGGUCCUACUACGGUCUACUGCUAUAGUUCUGUCUAGUAAGGGAUUAUUUGAUCCCUCGCUUGUAGUUUCCCUUUUUGUAUGCCAACUGAGGAAUGCUUUCAUUCCUUGAAGGCCACCAGACGAUUACCAAAAUUCGAAGACAUAUCAAUUUUCUACUACCACCUUCCUCCUAGACCACAAACACCUAGAAUAUGUGAGCUUUCGGAUGUAUCAUGCUUUUUUUAAGACGAGACUACUUCACUUCAAUGUGCGAUCAUGCCGAUACGAUACUACACGGCCUGUUUUACAGUUGAUAAUGGCAGCUUACGAAAGUAAUGUACUGGUAACUUAGACACGUCUCAAGGCUCGUCGAUCGUCUAUACAUAUUCCCCAAGAUAUAAUGAAUACGCUUAUGAAAUCACGCGUUGUUGAUACAGCAACAAUCGAUAAUGUGAGCAGUAUUGUAGAUCCAUGUUCUGCUUUUCGAUACCCGCUACGAUUUACGCUGAUUCCGACGCGAAAUCCACUGACUGAUGGAACAUAUUAAAAUUGGCAAAAGAUUCCACCGGAGUUAUAUCAGCAUCGUAUAAGCAGAACCCUAGUUCUACAGUAGACGAAACGCACCGAAUAGCCGAGUAGGUCCGUGGGAUGAGUAAAUCGGAUGGAGAUCGUUGUCAGCCGCGACGCGACUUACGCGAGAAAAUACGGUACCAAUUUAUUGAACUGUUAUUGAUGAUAUACACAAAUGAUUAUUAAAGUAUUUCAAUAUUGGACAUGGAAAUCAAAAGACAAAUAAAACAAUAUCACUAACGAUAGAAUGAAUCUAAUCUCUGAUAUUCCGAAAAGAUACUCGACAUUAGUAUGUUCCUGCGGAAUGCAGUGCAAUUGUCAAUCGUUAUCAGUUUGAUUUG